CAGCAGGCAGACGGCCUGACACCGUAUGUUCUGACCAUCAUGAACAUUGUGGCCAAGCUGUACCAAGACCCAUCCAUUGGCAACGCCAUCAGCAUCGUCGUCACCCGUCUGAUCUUCCUCACAGCAGAUGAUCCCAAUGGCAGCUCGCCUCAGAUUCAACCAUCACGCGGACAAGUCGCUGGACAGCUUCUGUCGAUGGCAGGAUCAACUCAACAAACAGUCCGCCGUCAACCACCACGACAACGCCGUCCUUCUCACGAGAUACGAUAUCUGCACAUACAAGAAUGAACCCUGCGGUACUUUAGGACUGGCGCCAGUGGAAGGAAUGUGUGAAAGUGGACGAAGCUGCAACAUCAAUGAAGACAUCGGCCUGGCGUCGGCCUUCAUCAUCGCCCACGAAAUCGGACAUAACUUCGGGAUGCACCACGACGGCGCCGGCAACACGUGCGGCCUGCCGGACUACGAGCCAGCGCGCAUCAUGGCGGCCCGCCUGACCAAAGACACGUCACCCUUCCAGUGGUCGUCCUGCUCCCAGCGAUACGUCACCGACUUUCUGGAUGCUGGGCGAGGAUGGUGUCUGGACAACAUCCCUCUCAAGAGGGAGGCCUACCCCAAGGACUUGCCCGGCGAGCGGCUUGACAUGGACGUCCAGUGCCAGCAUCAGUUCUUCCACCUUUCCAGAGCCUGCAAGUUGAAGAAAGCGUGCCGUGAGCUGUGGUGCGUCAACAGUGCAGGUGAAUGCACGACCAACAGUGUGCCUGCUGCAGAAGGAACGGAGUGCUACAUGUCGCGACACAAGAAGGGGUGGUGUUUCCAGGGGGAGUGUCGCAACCCGCAGUACGAGCCACAGACGGUGGACGGAAGUUGGGGUCAGUGGGGAGCCUGGGGAGAAUGUUCCCGCACCUGCAGCGGGGGAGUAGAAGCCAGUGAGCGAGACUGUGACGACCCAAAGCCUCAAGAUGGAGGACGCUACUGUGUGGGUCAGAGGAAAAGAUACAGAUCGUGUCACGUGACGCCCUGUCCACCAGAGGCCCGAGACUUUCGGGAGGUGCAGUGUUCCAGUUACGACAAGGUUCCAUUUCGCGGCCAUUACUACAAGUGGGUUCCCUACACCGGAGAACAGGCGAAGCCGUGCGCGCUGGUGUGCAUGGCCGAGGGCUACAACUUCUACACGGAGAGGGUCAGCAAGGUCAUCGACGGAACCCGAUGCUACCCCGACAAGCCACACAUUUGUAUCAACGGGGAAUGCAAGUUUGUCGGCUGUGAUGGCUACCUGGGGUCGAGGAAGAAAGAAGAUGUGUGCCGAGUGUGUGACGGCGACAACUCCACCUGUAAAACCGUGUCCGGGAUUUUUGACAAACCUCUGCCCAAUGGAGCUUAUCAAGAGGUGGUGACUAUCCCCAAGGGUGCUGUGUAUGUGCAGAUUUCUGAAGCUUCGUUUUCCACUAACUACCUGGCCCUGAAAGACGUGAAGGACAAAUAUUACAUCAACGGCGACUGGACGAUCGACUGGCCUCGCAAGUUCACGGUGGCGGGAACGGUCUUCCACUACAAGCUGUCCGGACAACGAGCCGGAGUCCUGCAGGCUCUGGGACCGACGUCAGAAGAUCUCGUUGUCAUGAUGCUGCUGCAGGAAGGUAACCGGGGUAUCCAGUACCAGUAUAACCUGCCCAUCAACACUUCAUCCACGCUGCACGACAUCUCCUUGUACACCUGGCGACACUCCCCUUGGUUCCCGUGCACCAAAAGCUGCUCCACAGGAGUAAGCAUAUCGAAAGCUGAGUGUGUCAACAAAUCUGACGGCAGGACAGUGAAUGACACCUACUGUCAUCCUCAGCCCCGGCCCAGGGAUCACAUGAAGCAGUGCAACCAGCAGGCGUGUCCGCCAGAUGACAUGCGCUGUUGUGUCGCCAGGUGGUCUGUGGGCGAGUGGCUGGAGUGCAGCCGCACGUGCGGGGAGGGUGUGAGGACACGCCUGGUUGCCUGCGUGCAGGUGGGCGGGGACGGUGAGCGGGUGGUGCAGGACGAGUCCGAGUGUGAGAAAGGCAGCAAGCCCCCUACCCAGGAGGACUGCCUCCUGCAGCGCUGCCCCGCCAUCUGGCACACCUUCGAGUGGUCCGAGUGUGCGCCGUCUUGCGGACCAGGGGAGAGAACGCGGCGAGUGGUGUGCAUGACGUCAGACAGUGACAGUUACCUGGACGAGCGGCAGUGCGAGGAGUCAGGGGAGGUCAAGCCCGCUGCACGUCAGACCUGCGUCAGCAGACGCUGCCCCCCACCCCAGUGGCGGAAGGGCGAGUGGGGCCAGUGUUCAGUGAGCUGUGGGUCGGGAACCCAGGAGCGUACUGUUCAGUGUCAGUCCUUCAGUGGUGACCCCUGUGACCCUGCCCUCCGACCCCCAGCAGUGAGAGAGUGCCAGAGCAUGUGCAGCGAUGAGGAGGAAAUAGAGAGCAACUGCGAGGACAAGUUCAAGGUAGCCUACUGCCCGCUGGUGUUCAACUUCGGUUACUGCGAGCGGCCAUACUUCCAGACCAUGUGCUGCCAGACCUGCACCAAAGGUGGCGCUCCGCCGUCGAUGCCGGCCACGUCAGUUCGCAAAGGAUGACGGGACAGCACCGAGAGUGUGCCUGGGCCAGGCUGGGAGGAAUGACUCUAGGGCACAAGCUGCAUGGUCGCUCGGCGAGUUUAUUUAUUUUUGUACCAGGCCGCUGAACGCCACGACAUGAGAGACGUCCACAGUCACGUGACUGAGCGUGACACUGAGGACGUAGCUGUCACGCUGUAACAACCCGACUAAGAAUAGAAUUUUAUGCAUAAAUUUGUGCCGAGAGGAAGUCAGAAGAAAUAUUAUGGGAAAAACAUAUUUUUAUAACAGUUUUGGCCGUGAUUUAGUUUUUAAAUUGUGUAGCAGUCGCUGUUUUUCCCACCGAGUGAUUUUUUUUGUGAUUUGAUCUUUUAAGACAUUAAAGUUAGAGGGAGUACCGAAGAAUGCCCUCUGAAGAAAACACUAAACUUGUGGUAACAUGCAAUCACACAUUUUCUCAAAAUAUUUAGCUUAUCGAGUUUUACGAUUGUCAAGACAUAAUUUAAAACAACAGCUUGUCCUCCACUCACCUUGUCAUAUACCAGCAGCAUUUACUACUGAGCUUCCUAACUACUACCUAUCCUCCACCAUCCAAACACAACCGCCAUUAUCAUCGAGAUCCUCCAUUUGGAACAUUUUUAUUUAAUGGCUCCCACACUCGUGUCCAUUGUGAGGUUUCUUUUCAGGUGAGACUUGAAGGCAUGUUGGUUAUGUCAUGGCGGAGACCAGCUCCCCUUCACUAGUUGUUUAUAGUAUGAUGCUGUUGUUUUGACACCUCCUGCCCAGUAAACACGUUCCUCUCAUAUGAACGUAGUGGUCCCUUCAAUUUUGAUAAACUUUAUAUUUAGAUGAUUAUUUCUUUCAUCUAACACAUCAGAGAUGUCAUGCCUCAUAAGAUAAAUCUCGUGAAGGAGGCAUACAACUGUUUACGUGAAACAAAAUUUAUCUCUAAAAAACAAUUUACAUCAAAAAUUAAAAAAAACCAACUCCAUCUAGAUAAGGUGAGACCAUUGCACAGAGGUGACAAGUCACAGAACACAAUCAUGUGUAUGUGUAAGCAGGAAGCAGUUGAUACCUCAUAAAUACCUCAUCACCAGUACUGAGUACCUCAGUGUACAUGUUAUUCGGUUACCUAUGAUUGUUACGUACCAGGCAUUGUAAAAUAUUGAUAUAUACACUCAUAUUUAUAGUGUUUUGUAGGUCAGUGACCUGUGUGUUCACAGAAGACAACAAUUUGUGUUUAAAUAACCAAAGUCUUGAACAGUUGUCUUGGAUGAAGUGGACAUGUACUUGUCUGUUGUUGUUGUUUCCGUUGCUUGUGUCGCAUUGUGUGUUGUACAUGUAGAUGUUGUUGCUGUACACCUUGUUGUAGGUGUAUGUACUGUUUGCCCUCGUCACUAAUUGUAUGAUAUUUGCUUAUCUAGUCGAUGGAGGAGACCUUCCUGCAUUGUUAGAACUGUCAGUUUAUCGAUGUACUGAGUAGAAAUACAUCCAGGAGACUUGUCAAAGUCAGGGAUGGAAACAUAACUUGUUGAAUGGAAUUAACUUUAUCUAGA